UAUAGGACUAAGAACACAAAAACAGAAUGGGAUAGAAAUCAACUUGUCAAAAAAUCAAUUCAGUAUACCAAACCCAGAAUAUGAACCAAAUAUACAAAAGACUAAACUAUACGCGAAAAAUGUAUACGGAAGAGGAGAUUACGGAAACAGACCAUUACAACUAUCGGAAGUAAAAGACUCAGAUGAUGAAUCAGAUUUUUGUGAAAGAAUAGAAAUGCUAAAUGAAGAAUCAGAUAACGAUAUGAAAAAUGAAGAACACCCAUGGGAACAAGAAAAGAUAAUAGAUUUAGGAAAAAUAUAUUAUUUAGGAGGAAAAACAAGAGAAGAAAAGAAAUAUGAAAAAUAUAUAGGAACAUUUAAAGAAAGCGGAAUAAGAAUAGUACUCUAUGAAAUAGGAAAUGAAAAAUAUGCUAAAAAAUAUAUUAAGAAAAAAGAAGAAAAGAAUAAUAAUUGGAUAAAUUGGCAUGAUAAAAAACAAAUAGUAGAAAAAGAAGACAAAAAUUUGUUAGGAAGCUAUUAUAGAAGAAAACAUCCUCAUUGGAGAAGCAAUAAUCCAGAAAAUAAAAUACAAAUUUUAGAAUAUUGGAAAGAAUAUUACCACCCAGAGCAAGAAGAAAGAGACCAGGAAAGAAUAAAAAUAAAAGAAAAAUUAUUCGAAGAAAUAUAUAAGAAAGGAUACAAACCAAAAUGGUAUAAAGAAAAGAAAGAACAAUAUCAAGAACAAUCUAUAUGGAAAAAGACUAUGGAAAAUAUGGAUAAUGAAAUAAUCAGAACAAUGAACAAAAUGGAAGAAAUGAACAAAGAGACAAUAAAAAGAUAUGAAGAAAGGAAUCUAUACAAAAUAGAAGAAAUACUUAUGCUAGAAGAAAUGUCACAAACAGACGAAGAACUAGAAAAGAGAGAAAGCGAAAAGCAAAAACAUAAUGGGACAAGAUUUGUAAUAAUAAUACUAAAAGACGAAAACGGAACAUGGAUAUCUCAAAGAAAGAAUCCAGAAAAAAUAUACCACAAAUAUUGGCAAUACCCAGGAGGAAAGGUAGAAGAUCAUGAAACUUAUCAAGAAGGAGCUAUACGAGAAUUAAAAGAAGAAACAGGAAUAAAAAGAAGAUUAGAAGAAUUAGAAUAC